AGCUCGUCAGGAAGCGGCUGGAGACUCAUUCGCCUCCGGCAAGGAUACACUCCCACUCCGAGGCGCCGCAACCCCGACGCCACAGUUGUCCGGUGUCCACGCCGUCCCUAGUCUGUCUUCAAACGGAUUCUUCGGUGGGGCAACUUCGGGGCACGAUAAUGCUGGAUGGUUGCGCUCAUGAAAAUCACCCGAGACAUAUGUCGCCUGUUGGGGCUCGCCAGCGGUCCACCUCCACAGCAGCAGGAACAACAGCUGGACUGCGGUGCCGCAUCCCCUGAUGAUGCUGGCGCUUUGUCGCAGGAUGCAUUAAAUGCCGACGAGGAUCUGAGCGAGGAAGAGAAGGUCAGACGCAGAGCAGAGCGACGCAGGGCAAAGAGAAAGCGCCGUCGAAAACGGAAGAAGUCAGAACAGGUGAAACAAAGCGACAAAGACGAAGAGGCUGAAGACGGCGCAGCCGGCGACUCGGAAUUGGAUGACAGCGAUUCGGAAGCGGAAGCUCACGUGGGGGGGCAAACACAUCUGCAAGAGGCCGACAAAAAGGAUGCAAAACCAGCUGCCGCACACAAGCUCACUACCUCCAAGACCACCGCUCCCUCCAGAGGGCGUCGGAAGGCCACAUCAACUGAAGAGGAGCAAGAGUGGGACGUGAGCAGCGCCUUCUUUGCCAACGCUGCCAGCCACAUCAAGCCUAAAGGAACAUGCCGCAAGUCCAAAGAGAACAAAGAGAACGAGGCCAGAAAGGAGGCAAAGGUAACUGACAUCACGACGAAGAAAAGCACAUCACUUGCUGAAAAAGGAAUCAAGCUCGUGCAAGAGGGGCAGUACUCGCAAGCGGCUCGCAUGUUUACAGAAGCCAUCAAAUGUGAUCCAAAUGAUUACAGGUUCUUUGGGAAUCGGUCUUACUGCUAUUACUGCUUGGAGCAGUACUCUCAGGGCUUGGCAGACGCCGAGCAGUCCAUCCAGCUAGCUCCGGAAUGGCCCAAAGGACACUUCCGCAAGGGGAGUUCUCUCAUGGGCAUGCAGCGCUACAGUGAGGCGGAGAAGGCCAUGGAGCAGGUGCUCAAACUGGACAAAGACUGUGAAGAGGCUGUGAAUGAACUCUACAACUGCAAAGUGCUGCAAUUGAUGGAGUUUGGAUUUGAAGAAGUGCAGUGUGCGUCGCUUUUGGAGAAAUUCUCAACGGUGCAAGCUGUUUUGACAUCUUAUUUCGAUGCUGCAGGAGCUACAAGCCAAGAUCAAUCACUUGUACAACAAGGCCCUUGCCCAUCCCUGUGGGUGGGAAAUGUGACGACGGAGUUGACAGAAAAAGACCUAAGGGAUCUUUUUAAAAUGUAUGGCGAGAUUGAGAGCAUCCGUGUACUGCACGAAAGGUUUUGCGCCUUUGUUAAUUUCAGGAAUGCCAGUGACGCCGCCCGCGCCAUGGACAAACUCAACGGCCAUUUUAUUGAGAACACACGGUUAGUGGUGCGCUAUCCGGACCGUCGCCCUCACCGAGUCCUUCCUACUCCGCUCGGUGUCACGCAGCAGGUGGCCGCUGCUGCUGGACCACGGCGGCGAGGCCCCGUGAAUGGAGACGAGUGUUACUUCUGGAGAACCACAGGCUGCCAUUUCGGAGACAAGUGUCGCUAUAAACACAUUCCCGAUCAAAAAGGAAACGACAGGAAGCCGUGGCUGCCUUAAACUCGAGCUUCUUCGUAGUUUACAGAAAUCCAGGACGCACCGUCGAAACAACUGGACUGUACGGUACUAAGCGGAGCAGCGUCUCUCGGCUAGUAUGUAACAUACCCUGGUAAAAAUGGAGCACUAAAGUCAAGGUCAGUACCAGCACUCAGGUUCAAAAGCAUGAGAAGUCAAGCAUGUGCCACAAUGCCCUGGCAAUGGGAUGACUUGGAGCACAAAACAAGGGAGUAACAACAUUGCCUCAUGCUCACAUGAUUGCACGGGCCCCGUGCCUAAAGCGGUCCAAGCAAACCUCGCCGACACACGGUCCCGUGUUUUCUAUUUUGUUUUCUUCUGUCUAAAGUUGAUACACGACAAACCAAUGUAAGGCCACCCUUAAAAGAAAGACAUGGAAAAAAAGUCAAGUCAAGUUACAGGACUAAAAUUUGGAACGUACGAGAACGGCAUUAAAAUUUGAAAAGAAAAAUACAAUUUUUUUAUUGACUCACGUCCAAACAUUAUUGUCAUCAUUGCCGUGUUUAUUUUUUUUCUCAUAAUAUCCAGAUUUUAGUCUUAUAAAAUGAAAGCCUUUUGUAAUAUUAUGACGAUAUUCUUGUAAAAAUUUUUUUCUUGUAAUAUAACAACCAUUUAUUUUGUCAAAUAAGUGGCUAUUUUGAGAAACAGCCACAUUUGGAAUGACCAUUUUCGUAUAACUACGACUUUAUUCUCAUAAAACAUAUUUUUUUUCUCUCAUGACAAUUUUUUUGCUCUUGAAGUGUGUUCACCUUUAGUCUCAGAUGUGAAAUGAGUUUAUUCUUGUACUAUAACAUGUUUUUUUUUAUCAUGUAAUGUUUCCAUUUUACUCUUGUAAUUCCUUGACUUGACCCCAUUCUUGUUUUUGUUUUCAAUAUGGCCCUAAUAUGAUGUGGAAAAAGCAGGCUCAAACUUUAAGACUUUUAGUUCUCAUCAUCAGCCUCUCCUUAAAAUUGGACUCAACUUUUUGUGGUCACCUCCCAAUCCAACAUCAGUUUUUGUCAGAACUCCAAAUAAGAAAACGAAUGAAAACAAAAACUCCAGGGACCCGAUACUGAUCCUUGUAUCUUCGCCUUUAUUAUUAAUUUUUUAAAUGCAGUGUCAACACAUCACUGUUGAAUCUAUGCAAAAGAAGAAUGUAGACUUUUUUUUCUGGACAAAAACAUACACACACACACACACACACACACACAUAUACUCUGUCUGGCCACGACACUGUAGAUCCGCCCUGUUGCCGUGUCGCGUAAAAUCUGCAGGGACGGUACUUUGUUUUAGACGGUGCAGUUCAUGCAAAGUAAUGUUUUGUGAUCGGUCAGUAUUUUGUUGAACCAAAGAAUCCGGUGGGUCUGCAUGAAACAAAAAGGCCUUUGCAUCAACACUAGUGCGUUAAAAUUGAUAUCACCCAACAGCAACCUAACUGCCAUUUCUAGUUUAAAUCCACACUACAUUCAGAAGUAAAAGUGACAGUAUUUAUUUCAUAUUUAUAACUGUUCCUCUGUUUUUUUUUCUAUUGAGUCCUGUCACAUGAUAUAGAAUAGGUUGAACAAAUGUGUUUAAUACAAAUUGUUUUAAUGUUAGAUGAGCAUUCUUAUUAAGCACACUUUAAUGCUAACACUGUUUGUGAGAUUUCUGCUCCUCUUCAGUUAUUUUCUGAAAAAAACAAUUUGAUACCAGACUUGAUAAACUGUCACAUUUGUUUAAUAUACGUAUUACAUGCUUCAAUGUUAGCUGCACAUGUUUUAAGUUCUACGUUUCUUGGCUUCAUUGUCGCUUUUAUUUGUGCGUCUCACCCAUUUUCCAAGAGUUAUUUCAGGAAAAAGGCAUUUUAAAUUUCAAUGCACACAUUCGGUCUCCUGGGCACUGCGUUGUUGUUGUUAAUCUGUUGAAUAUUUCGUAUUUUCGUCACUGCACUGCAAUAAAGAGUGUUUUGUAUUUAAUAAACGUUUUUCAACUCCUGA